AAACGGUGACAACAGCGGCUUCCCUUUCAAACGAGCCAAGUCCCCACUGCGAGAGAACGGUCUGUCCCCGUCCGUGUUGGUGGAAAAAAAGGCUGAUCCAGAGGAGCCCUUCCUUCCUUUCACCUUCCCCGACCUGCCAUCCUACAAGAUGCCCUCCCAAAGGCGCUUCAGUGAGGAUGUUAACUUCCGCCGGCCACUGGCUACACUUCACGAGGAUGAGGUGGUGGCCAGGCGACGCUUCAGUGAGGAUGUUCGCAAGAAGUCCUUCGACACGAGCGGCGUCAUCGACGACAUCCACAAGCACCAGCGGCGUCUGUCUGAGGCUGGGGUCCGCCGCCUCUCUGACGCCUCUAUUGUGUUGACCGAGGAUACUGACAGUUUCAUCAUCGGAGACAGAGUAUGGGUGGGUGGCAGCAAGGGCGGCGUCAUCUCUUACAUUGGAGAGACACAGUUUGCACCAGGAGAGUGGGCUGGUGUUACUCUUGAUGAUCCUAUCGGUAAAAAUGAUGGAAGUGUGGCAGGUGUGCGCUACUUUCAGUGUGAGCCUAAAAAGGGAGUGUUUUCACGACUUACUCGACUCUCUCGUACUCCUCUCACCGACCAAGACAUAGAGAUCCUGACUUCACGAUCAUCGACACUUGGGUCAGACUCUCCAAAAGCCAAUGGAACACCAGCAGCAAGCGUGGCCUCUGGCCCCACCACAACCACACGUAAGGUCACACCAGCUAGUCCUCCAGCAAACAGUAAACCUGCUACUGUUGCAUCUGUUAAGUCAAGCUCUCCUGCACCUGCUUCUACACCCAAGAAAGCUUCUAGUUCCACCCCAGCUUCGUCUUCACCCGAUAUGAAAGUUGGAGAUCGUGUAGUCAUCGCUAGUGCUACAGGUGUCCGACAUGGUGCCCUACGCUUUGUCGGCAAGGCAGAUUUUGCUGAGGGUGUCUGGGCUGGCGUGGAAUUGGAUGAACCUACUGGGAAAAAUGAUGGGUCAGUGGCUGGCAAAAAAUAUUUUGAAUGCAAAGACAAGUAUGGACUCUUUGCUCCUAUUGCUCGUGUGAGCAAGUUCACUGGUGGGUCAGCCACUCCUCGUCGGACAUCUGUAAUGCCCCAGACUCCCCGAUCCACUGUCCGUCGAUCCAACAGCAGGGAGUCACUAGGUGGAUCAUCGGUUGCAUCAUCCACCACUUCAUCUAUCCGGGGUACCAGGGUAAGACUUGGCGUCACAUCCCUCACACCAGGCCAGAGACCAACUAGGACUUCCACAUCAUCAGUUCCCAGCACCAAGGCUCUCCAGGAAGCACUAGCAGAAAAGACACAACAUGUGGAUCAGCUCAUGCGUGAACGAGACAUGGAAAGAGCCGAGGUGGCUCGAAUGGCUGCACAGGCAGAUGAAGCUACCAGAGCAGCACAUGAAAUGAGAGCACAGCUUGAUCAGUUGCAAGUUGAAUCGGAAGAACGUUUACAUGAUUUUGGGGAGCGAAUUCGCAGUUUGGAGAAGGAAAGAGAAGAUUUCCUCACGAAACUUGAAGAUAAACAAAGAGAGCUUGAUGAUUUAGCUUUCAGGUUAGAGGAGGAAUCCAUCACAAAGGCUGACUUGGAGAGUCAGAACACAACAGAUGGGGAGAAAAUUAAAGAAAUGAAAAAGGAACUGGAAGAUGCGAGACGGAAGCUGAAGGAACGAGGAACAGUCGAGGCAAACAGAGCAUUUGAAAUGGAAGAGUUAGAAAUAAAUCUUCGAGCAAGUGUAGAAGAGCUGCAGGCAAGAAUAAUGGAUAUGGAAGGAGAAAAAGAAACAAUGGAAAAUAAGUUAUCUAAACAGAUGGAACAACUCAAGAAUUUAGAGACUAACAACGAAGCCCUGAAGAAUGACAUAAAUGAACGGGAACAAAAGAUCAAGUUAAUGGAGUCCAGCAGGGAUGAAGACCAGGUCCGUUCUAGAGAGAGGUCUACAGAAAUUACUGAGAAAGACUCGAGAAUACGAGAGUUACAGCUAGAGCUGGAUAAAAACGUGAAGGAAUUGACUGAUGCAUCACAACAAAUAGAGGCUCUCUCAAAGGAAACAACAAAGGAAAGAACUGAAAAAGAAGCCUUACAAAAAGAUAUAACAGAGAUCCAGGAACAGUUGAAGUCAGGGUCAUCAGAAGUCUCGGAUCUCUUAGGUGAGAUAAGCAAACUGAAGGAACAGCUUAGAGGAACAACCAAUCAACAUCAAGAAGCCACAGAAAAGAUUGCGUCACUGGAGAACCAUAAGUCAAAGAUAGAGGUGGAGCUGCAGACUGCCAUUUCUACAGUAACUGACACUGAAAAGAAGCUCACUCAAGUUACUUCAAACUUUAAACAGAAAGAGGAGCAGUUACAAAAUUUCAUGGUGACUCUUCAGAAAACAGAAACAUCUCUUAAAAGUGAAGUGGAAGCAAGAGCAGCUGAGAGUGAGGCAGCAGGAAAUAAGUAUUUAGUGACGGAAAGAGAAUACAAUCAGAAAUUACAGGAAUUGAAAGAACAAAUUAAAACUAUGGAAACCAGCAUUACAACAAAAUCGGCAGAGAUUGGUGAAUCUUCCCGACAGCUGGCAUCAGCAGAGUCCAAAAUUGCAGCUCUGGAAGAACAGAGAGAUCAGUUGAAGGAGCAGGUCAAUGCAAGCCUCUCAUCAUCAUCUGAUUCCUCCCAACAACUCACCAAUCUGAACAACCAGUUACAAGAAAAAGGUAAACAGUUAGAGAAGGUCCAAGAGGUGCUUCGUGAAAAAGAAUCUGCAUUAUCCCGAGAGCAGGCAGCCAGAGCAGAUGAUAACAAUUGUGCUAGUAAACAGCAGCAACAAGAAAAAGAUAAAUAUCAUGAGGAAUUAAAGCAGAUGAAGGAUAAGAUCAUGGAAAUGGAAGUGAAGAUAGGUACUAAGACAAAAGAUAUUGAGAAUCUUAGGAAACAGCACGUAACUGACCAAGAAGAACUGACAAAGAGAAAGGACCUGGAGCUUUAUGAGCUGCAGGAACAGGUGUUACUCAAGGAAGGAGAAGCAUCUGAAUUGGAGGAAAAAGUCAAAAGCUUGGAGAGCCAAGUAAGUGCCAUGACCAGUGCAUCUGUUGACCGAGAGGGAAGCAUGGAGAAGGCCGUGGCUGACCUACGAGCAGAGAAGGAUCGUCUGGUCAAGGAGAAAGAGGAGGUAUUUAAGAAAAAAGCAGAAAUAGAAGAACAGCUCUCUGCUCUGGAUAAGGAAAACCGCAAAUUACGCACCGAACGGGAGGAAAGCUUGUUAGCUGUAACACUAAGGGACCAGAAGGUGGCAGCCUUGAAAGCUGAAGUGGAGCAUUUGAUGACCAUGUGUAACACCCACCGUGAGGAGCUGCAGAAACAGUUGGUGCAAGCGCAGGCUGACAAGGAGGCCAUGGCUGAAAUUGGGAAGACCUUUGAGGGCGAGCUGACACGCUUGGGUUGUCUGCAGGAAAGUUUAGCUGUGUCAGAGGAAGAGAAGAAUACCCUGCAGACUGAGAAAACAAAAUUAGAAGAGGAGAUUUCAAGGUUAAAGGGCAUUGAGGGUGAAAGAGCAAAUCUAGUCAAAGAAAAAGACAUAUUAGAUGUAGAAUUAAAAAAACUGAAGAUGCUUGAAACUGAACAUUUCAAUUUAUUGCAAGAAAAAAAUAAGCUUAAGGAAGAGCAUGAAAAAAAUAUUGAAAACUUUAGAGCAGAGAAAGACCAGUUGAUCCAGGUGAAGAGCAAAAUGGAAGAAGAAUUACGUAGUCUGAGGAAGUCGGAAGAGGAGAGGUCUAGACUGGGUGGAGAUGUUCAAAGACUGGAGACUGAGCUAACAAAAAUGACACAGAUUCAGGAAAAUAACUCCACAUUAACAUCAGAACUGGAGAAAAUUAAAGAAGAAAAAGGAAACCUCCUCUCUGAUAUAAAAGUUAAGCAGGAGGAACUAACACUUAAAAAACAAUUGGAGGAGGACAAUAUACGAUUAAGCUCGAGCCUGAAGAGUUCUGUUGAAGAAAAGAACAAGCUCCUGAUCGAUAUACAGAGACUUGAAACAGAGGCAGCCAACAGAGUGAAAGAUCUUAAGAGUGAUUAUAAUACAGUUAAGGACACAGUGAAGAAAUUAGAGCAAGAGAAAAUGAAGAUAGAUGAGGAAAAGGUAAAGCUGAAGGAAGAAGUUAAGAAAUUAAGAUUAGUGGAGGAAGAGAAGAGAGACUUAGAAUCAAAGAAUAUAGUUCUCGCCCAGAAUAUGGAGGAGCUUAAACUCAGUCAUGAGGGACGUGUUGGUGAGCUUGAAGUAGAGAAGUUUAAUCUGGUGGAAGAUGUUGUCAGUCUACAAAACCAGGUAUCUGCACUCAAGACGGAGAUUGUUGAAGCCACUAAGAAAGUUAAAGAGUCUGAGGCAGAUGUAGAAACUACGAGCAUUCUCCGUGCAAAAGUGAAUCUCCUGGAAACAGAGAAGCGGAGACUUGAAAACAAGAUAGUUGAUCUUCGGGUCCAGGUAGCAUCAACAGAGAUCAGCAAUAGUGACUCAGAUAAUUUUGUAAAAGAAAUGAAGGAAGAGAGAGAUCAGUUUGAGGGACAAGUCAAUUUCCUCAACUCUGUAAUUGUAGAUAUGCAGAGAAAAAAUGAUGAACUUAAGUCCCGUAUUGAGAUCUUUGAGCUUGGGAAUGUAUCUGAUGACACCAAGGCCAAUAUGAAUGGAAUCAGUCCCGCUGGGCGUCAUGUAGUGGCACCGAGGAUGUACUGUGAUAUAUGUGACUGCUUUGAUGCCCAUGAUACAGAGGAUUGUCCAAAACAGGCUUCUUCAGACUCUCCUCCUCCUUCUCAACACCAUGGACAGAGAGGUUCCACCAGAUCCUACUGUGAUACUUGUGAAGUGUUUGGACAUGAAACUGGUGACUGCAGUGAUGAAACCUUCUAAUGAGGCUGUGAAUAUAUAAGACUAAGAUGUUAUGGAUGUUCACAAAUAAACAUUAUAUUUUUAACAAGAACUAAUCAAAAAGUUUCAAAUCGAAUCGUCCACAUUAUAUAUAUAUAUAUAUAUAUAU